AGAAAGGAAGAAUACGUCAUCUUCGACCUCCAACAUCAGAUUCAUGUCCAAACGGCUUGUAUACCUCAAAAACCCAAGUCCGGACUCGAGUUUAGACCCCUACGCGGGCUCUGCUGCGUCGCGCUCAUACAGCUCUGCUUUUGUGCCUGUGCUUUCGCACGAGUUUGUCGAUCAGGAUGAGUUGAAGACGUACAUCCAGGACAUGCACUCGCAUGCCGUCUCGCAGCCUGUCAAUGCGUUGAUCAUAACCUCUCAGAGAGCAGUCGAAGCUAUCGCUUCUGCUCUGGACGAGCUCACUGAUGACUCGACAAGAACAUACAUCCUCUCGCUACCCACAUUCACCGUCGGCCCCGCAACAGCCUCGCUCCUCGAAUCCCACGGAUUCACAAACAUCCUCGGCGGCGCUGAUGCCGGCAACGGCAGCAUUCUCGCAACAAUCAUAUGCGCACAGGCGGAGAAAUUUUCCCGCUGCGUUUUCUUCACGGGCGAGACGCAUAGGCUGAUUAUUCCGAAACAACUCAAGGCGGCGGGGAUCGAGUGUCUUGAGAAGAUUGUUUACAGGUCGUCUGAUGUUGCUGGUUCGGAGGGGGUUUUGAAGGAGUUACUUGCUCAGGGUGGUAGUAGCGAGGUAUGGACAGUGUUUUUCUCUCCGUCAGGAGCAUCAAAGAUUGCAAAGACAAUCGCAGAGAUCAAAGCGACUACAAACAGCAGCAGCAGCAGCAGCAGCAGCAGCAGCAGCAUAAAAGUCGCCGCAAUAGGACCCACGACCGAAGAGUUUCUACUAAACAACGGAAUCACGCCAGACGCGGUUGCGAAAAGACCAGACCCGGAAAGUCUCCUGAACGAGAUCGACAAAUGUACAUAG